AUGGCUGAGAAAAGUGUCAAGUAUGAUGAUCCUACUCAUUAUUUGCAUCUUCAUCCUUUCAACCAUCCUGGUAUAGUACUUGUAUCUCACCCCCUCACCGAAGACAACUAUGAAACAUGGAGUCGUGCCAUGCUUCUUGCUCUUCAAGCUAAGAACAAGAUUAAAUUCAUUGAUGGCACCCUCACUCCACCGGACUCACCCUCUUCCGCUGAAGCUCUACAAUGGUCUCACUGCAAUGGCAUCGUAAUCUCUUGGCUCCUCAAUUGCAUUUCCAAGGAUAUCUCUUCGAGUGUGCUUUACUGUGAUUCUGCUUACGCUAUUUGGGUGGAUUUGAAAGAUCGUUAUUCUCAAAUUAAUGGGCCUCGCCUAUUCAAACUCAAACAAGACACUGCUAGCCUUGUCCAAGGAUUCUAUUCGGUCACCGCUUACUUUGCCAAGUUGAAGAGUUUGUGGGAUGAGUUGUUAGUAGUGCAAUUCAACCCCACUUGUACCUGUGCAGCACAUAAAGAGAUACUAGCACAAUAG